ACUUCCAACUAAACCUAAUGGAACGCAGUCAUUCCAACUUCCCUACGAAUAAUCUUGCACAGGAGGAGGCUGCAUAUCUUCUGUUUAAGGCUGCAACCUUAGGCACUCUUAACUUGGGACAAAUUCCAGAGGCUCAGCCAGUGGCAGCAAAAGAGUCUCGUGGCGCCUCAUGAGGAUUUACUCUGGCACGCGAUUGUUGUGGAGGAGCCCAAGACGAGAAAGUUCCAUUAACGACCCUUUCGUUUUAUUCCGAUCAGCGGGACUUCCUUCCGAGUAAACCGGCAUGGGAUCCGGUUGCAAUCCCAACGCGCUCUUUCUUUCCUUAGGCACAAGCUCAGCCCAACAGCGGAAGCUCUCGCUUUCCUUCCUUCCUACCUCUCCCCCUCCUCCUCCUCCUCCUCCUCCUCUUUCUCAGGAAGUGGGGGGAGCUGAGCCUUUCGGCCCUUCGCGCAGCAACAUGGCGGCGUCAUUGAGGAGCGUGAAGGGAUUGGUUGGCCUGGUCACUGGUGGGGCUUCAGGGCUUGGCCGUGCCACAGCAGAGCGGCUGGUGCAACAAGGAGGCAGUGCUGUGCUUGUGGAUCUGCCUAAGUCUGACGGGGAGAGCGUGGCCAGAUCGCUGGGAGAGAGAUGCAUCUUUGCUCCUGCUGAUGUAACAUCGGAGUCAGAUGUGAAGGCUGCCCUUACGCUGGCACGGGAGAAGUUUGGGCGUGUGGAUGUGGCAGUGAACUGUGCUGGGAUCGCAGUGGCUGUCAAGACCUAUAAUAUGAAUAAGGAUCUUCCUCACAAGUUGGAGGACUUCCAAAGAGUUAUUAACGUGAAUAUUGCUGGAACGUUCAAUGUAAUUCGUCUGACUGCAGGCGAGAUGGGACGGAAUGAGCCUGACUCAGAUGGACACAGGGGGGUGAUCAUUAACACUGCCAGUGUGGCCGCCUUUGAGGGACAGGUUGGCCAGGCUGCCUAUUCUGCUUCCAAAGGAGGCAUCGUGGGAAUGACACUGCCCAUUGCCCGGGAUCUUGCCCCCAUGGGGAUCAGAGUUGUUACCAUUGCACCAGGCCUGUUUGCAACACCUCUUCUGGCAUCACUUCCUGAGAAAGUGCGGACAUUCCUAGCACGGCAGGUGCCCUUCCCAAGUCGUCUUGGCGCUCCAGGGGAGUAUGCCCACCUUGUGCAAUGCAUAGUAGAGAACCCCAUGCUCAACGGUGAGGUGAUCCGGCUUGAUGGGGCUGUACGAAUGCAGCCUUAAAGCUAUAGCCUUGGCCUGGAAGAGCAAGAGGGCUUGUUUUCCCCAUCACUAUUCAGGGGAUUUUGUUCACAUUGGACUAUAAUGAUGGUACUUUGAUCAUGGCUGCCUAUGCCAUGCUUUCUUCACUGGAAUCUGGGCUAGCAAAACAAAUGAUUAACAUCUGGACCAUAAUAAAUGAAUCAUUACUUCUGCGUCCUGUCUGAGUCCUCUCCUCUACUGCUAGUGGGACAGUCUAGAAAAUCCUGGACACUAGACCUUUAACCCAAUACAAAUGUACAUUACAAUCCAGAAGUCCUAUCACUUUUUGACUUCCAAAUCCAAUGACAGCUGUGUUCCUGUUCAGCAUCUUUUCUACAGCUACACUUGAUCCUUUUUGUCUUUUACUUACUCCAUAAUGAGGAUUGGAUGGAUACCCUGAACCAAAAAAAAAAUCAAUGUGAAGGAAACAAAAAUCUUAGAACAAAUUGUGCAAAUAAAGUUAAGUAAGCAACUCA